CUGAUCCAGGUCAACAAUGGCUGGCUGCAUUCAACUAUCGUGCCACAUAUCCCCACUAUAUUAAAACAUAACAUACUGUAGAAACCAAGUCUCCGUUUACCAAUUCCGGAGAAAGUGUAUAGAGUUAGUAUACUACUGUCGAUGUUGGUGAGAGAAAUGAAGAUGGUUUCAUCAAUGCUGCAUGUGUUUAGUAGGUCUCUCUUGCUCUUAUUCUUCUUGUUGUUGCUUUCAUGCAACAGCAACAGGGUAUGGGGAUGUCCACCUUCAAUUCCGUGCGGAGAUCUCGGCGAUCUGCGUUUCCCAUUCACCAGCAGACCUCACUCGGAGUGCGGCCUCCUGGUGAUAGAUGGCUGCCAAGAUGAUCCAGGCUCCACUAAAAGCAUUCAGAACAACAACCGUUGGUUCAAUAUUCUCAACGGAAGCCUUACCCAGUCCAACAUCACCGUCAGAGACGACGGUUUAGUGGUUUCACGAUCUUCAAUAACCAUCAGAGACGACAAUCUCUCUACUCUCCUGUCAUCAAGAAGCUGUGAGGUUUUGGGGUAUGACUCUUCCAACACUUUCAGAAUCGACACACCUUUGGCUUCCUCUCAGGUGAUGUACUCAGCAAGCCUUCUGAAAUGCAAACUUAGCAUCGAUCCAAGGCCUUCGUAUGUUCUUCCAAACUCUACGGUAUGUGGAAUUAGAAACGAUACGUUCUACGCAGUGAGUGACGCGUCCAAAUACAAGGAGAUCCAAGGGUGUUCAUUGAUUGAGCUUCCACUGGGUGGACCAAUUCUGGUCCUCGAAGAUCCCAACACCCUGCUAAGUUCCCUCACCGCUGAUAUUCCAAUCCAAAUAAACCUGUCUCCCAAUUGUUCUCAUUGUAACAUUGCUUAUGGAGGCCUAUGCAGAAUCGACAACUCCGGCAGGUUUUAUUGUCACACACCUCGCAAAACGAGGAAGACGAUUACAAUAGCAGUUGCUUCUGUGACUGGAGCAUUAGGAGCUUUCAUAGUGUUGGCUUGGUACUUCAGAAGGCACUUUUACAAUAAAGAA